AUGAUGUUCAAGAUUGGUUUGAUCCUUGUAUUCACUGCUGCCUCUGUGCUUGGAAUUGACGUUCACAACAUAACCGAAGAAAAUAUUACCGAAACUGGUAUGUAUGAAACCGAGACCAACGGAACAACCGGCCUGUUGGAAACUAUUAAAUCGCAGACCCCCGACUACUACAAAACUCCAGAAAAAAUUAACUGGAUUGUACAAAUCAUAGUACUCCUGGAACUCAUUUUCAUAUGCUUCUUACUCCUCGCAUUUGCAGUAUGUAUGUUCUAUUUGUGCGCCUACAUAAUUCGUUCCAAUAUCCGACGAGUCUGCCUAACAGUUCUUCGCUGUCGCACAAGAACUCCAGUUGUUCAAGACGUUUCAAUUCGUUUCUAG